AUGGCGGAAACAACCAAUACAACCAAUGCUGAGAGCAAUGUCACAAUUAAGGCUCCUUAUUGGGGUCAAGGGACUUCGACAUUAGAUUGGUGUGAAGUGACAGUGCUCCUCUCAAUAUUUGGAAUUUACACAACUGUUAAAUACAACCUUGGCACACGAUAUGUAGUGGCACAUCUUGCAUUAUGUUCAAUCGGAAUAGGCUCUUGGUUUUUUCAUAUGACAUUAUGGUUUGAAUUUCAAUUGCUUGAUGAACUUCCAAUGCUCUACGCCACUUCAGUAUUAUUAUAUAAUAUUUACGAAAUAUAUGAAAAACCGAAAUACGGAUCCCUAAUUCCAUUCACACUAUUCACAUACGCCGCAACAGUCACCGCACUUUACUUAUACAACCAAGAACCAGUAUUCCAUCAAGUCGCAUACGCUUUUCUUGUAUCGGCACUCCAUUUUCGCUCCGUCUACCUACUGCAACAAAUAGAAAACGUGAGCUUGCGUAACCAAUUAAAAUUUUUGUUAUUUGGUGCAGCGAUAUUGUUUGGAACCGGUUUCCUGUUAUGGAAUGUGGAUAACAUCGCUUGUGCACAACUACGUGAGGCUAGAACGCUGAUAGGGAAACCGCUGGCUCAUAUUUUGGAAUUGCACGGCUGGUGGCAUAUAUUAACCGCAUCGGGAAGCUACUGGUGGAUGGUUUACAAUCAGUAUGUAAGGAUUGUGUUGUUAGGAAAGUCUGGAAAACAAAAGGAAUGGCAGAUCUCUUGGGUUCUUGGAGUGAUACCGUAUGUAUCACGGAUCUCGCAGAUCAUUUUAAAGAAUGAAUAA